AUGAGCAGCAGCAGCAGCAGCAGCCUGAGGAUCCCGCUGAAUGCCGUCGAGGCAGCCACUCGAGUCCAUCCUCAGCCGACCCAUGUGGACGAUCAAGCUGAUGAUGCUGCUGGACGCACGUUGACGACGCGACCUACACUCACGCAAAACAAGUUUGAUCUUUGGGCACAGGGCAACUCUGUGAAGCUCAGCGGGGGCAGCACGAUGCACAGGCGGCUGGUGCUGGUCGUGGUGGCGAUGGCGACCGCGGCGAGCAUGGUGUCUUUCUGCGUGAGCUUCACCGUGAGUUACGUAAAUGGGCUGCUGGAGGCAGCAAGGGCUUCUGGCAUUGCGUCGCCCCUGACGGUGCAGAUCGUGUUGUCCACCCUGCUGCUCUGGGGGGCUCGCCUGAUGGUGGCGUGUGCGCCAGCCGCGAAGGGUUCUGGCCUGCCGGAGAUCAAGUGCAUGUUGAGCGGAUGGCGAGCCGAGCACAUUGAGGUGAAGCCGGAGGUGCCUUGGAUGCCAGCCUCCACGUUCGUGAGCUGCUCCACAUUCGGGGAAACGU